UGACACCACCCUAAGUCAUAAAAUAACCCCAUAAACCACAGCUACUCAGCCAGAACAGUUCGUGAUAUUUAAAUCCCAAAGCGUGUGGAAUUUAGAAUGUAAAUAAAGGAGGAGAAUUAAAAUGAUGGUCACAAGACGGCGUCCCAUCCUUGUAUCAUACGUGGUGGUUCUAUUCACUGUUUCCUCAGAGAAUGUGAAAUGCGUGUUGAGUAACCAGUUAAAUGAAAUUGAGUGUUUGGGGAAAAUUAUAACCCAGUACAAAGGACUAUAUAGCUGUCCAUGGGACAUCACAACUACAUGUCGGGGUGCAUCAUGCUACGAACUGGAAUCGGAAUGUGGCGUUCAGGAUCCAGGAGUGACAAAUGUAUCAAUCACAGUGUAUAUGUCAAUGAUUCCAUUCCUUGAAGACCACAAGGUGAUUCAAGCCAAAUAUUGUCCAUGCAAGAACCAUGCGUUCGUAUGCAAUCUUACUAGCAACAUUUUAGUAGUAGAUCCUGAAAAUACACAAUGUCUAUCAACUACGGUGGAAAAUAUUAAUUCAGUGACAACAGAGAGUCCAGCGACCAACACAAGAAAAGAAUACACUACAGUGUGUCCAGACACUAACGUCAUUGUAGAAAGCACUUGUUCUAAAGAAAGUGGUGUCACUCUUGGUGCAGUUGUUGGGGCUACAUUUGGCGGAGUACUAUUUACUUUGGUUGUGAUUGGCUUUUCCAUCUUUUUGUUCAAGAAGAUAAGAAAUUCAAAAAAUCCUGAAAAAGUUAGAAAUAUUCGAAAUGAAAUGGCAACACAGAACCCAGCAUACGGAAGUCAAUCGGAUAUGACACCUUUGGAACAAAACCAGCUGCGAACCAAUACAAUGAAUAGCACGGAAUAUUACUCCUCUAUUAGUGAAAAUUCUAUAAAGUUUCCACAAAAAGUAUCCCAUGUUCGACCAAUAGUACGAUAUGAAAAUGAACCUCUAUCACAGCAAAUAAAAAGUGAUGUUGAAAUAUAUGAUCACCUGAAUGAAUCAAAACGUAGAAAUGAUAAUGACAACUAUGAUCUUGCAACGCCAGUUACUGUGACUAAGCCACCAUCAUCAUCAGAUUACGAUGUACUGAAAUGCUCUAAAUCUGACAAUGAGUACACAGAAGUGAUAGGUGAUGGAUUUCAGCAAUAAAGUUGAAUUUACAUGCAUAACAUUUUGUAAUAUGGCAAGUUAUGCAUGUAAAGUAUUUGCCCUCCAAUUACUUGUAUUUGUAUUAAUUGUGGUAAAAAAGAAAGCACAGGGUCAGAUAUUCAAAUAAAUUUAGCAUUUUUGCAA